AAAAAAUAUAUACAUAUAUACAAAAUCUUUGUGGAGAAUAUGAAACAGGAAUUCCAUGAAAUACAUGAAUAAACAAUGUAAUUUUUGAGUUGUGUGUACGUUAGUAAGAUUCCAGUCCCUACAAACUCCAGUGAUGUUUCCACAAACAUUGAAUAGUAACUAUUGUUCUUAUAAUCCCUAAAUUACAGGGUAUAAGUUGUUCCCAACUGCCUGACUUCUCUCACAUCUGCUGUCCUAUUUCCCCUGUUUAUCCGCUGUCGUCGUUGGUUCCAAUUCGGAUCGUUAUCCGCCCCCAAUUAGGAGGCGACAUCAUCAAGUGGAAUUCUCCGAACGUUUUAGAUCUAGUUUGGAAUUCACUCAGUUCCCACGAUGUGGUUGCAUUGGCAGUGGCUGAUCUGGGCUCUUGUCUGGCUUCAUGUGGCAGUGGCCACCAAGUGGUAUGGUGGUGGAAUGGACUUCAAUGAUCCCUCCUCCUGGCUAGAUGAUCACUUGCCAUGCGCACAGGACGUGGUCGUUUUUCCGGAGUACUACCCAGCCCUGUUGCCUCUGCCCGAGAACAUAGCCAUUGAUGGCUUGGUUUUCCCCAGAGAAGGGGCGAUCCUCCUGGCGGAGGAAUCUACCAUUAUCUUUGGUUCCGACAAGCAGCCCGCCUGUGAGAGCGAGGAGAAGAAGGCCUUUCUGAAGCCGCCAAAGUCGAGUAAAUGGUUUGAUCCUGGCACCUGGACGGACAAAUCUAAGGAAACUUCCACAUUUACACCGGAGCUGGAGAGGAUUCCCUGUGAUGACGAGCAGGUCAUCAUCAAGGGGCACGGACCUUUGGCCUUCGACCUGGAAAACGUGCAGUAUCUGCGGCUGGGACAGCUCAUUCUGGCUGGUUCAUCCAUCUCCAAGACGUACUUGGAGCAACUUAUCAGCAGAGAUCUGGGGCAGUUCCUCUUCCACAAUGCCGAGUACGUCCAGGUGGAGUACUACAGAGGAGAGCUCUGUGGCUGCCACAAGGACUUUGAGCGCUUGCUGGAACCCGUUUGCCACAAUGUCCAGGAGCAAUGCGAGACGCCCCACUGCUUGUCCCCAGUGCGACCCUUGGGAUCGUGUUGCCUCAUCUGCGGCGCCAUUCUAACCACGCCCACGAUGCACUGCACCGAGGGCAAUAGGAAGGAGUUUGUGACCCAGAUAAGUUACCUCAUUAGCCAGCAGAGUGUGAAGGAUCAGAUUGGCCUGCACGUGGAGUUCGUGGGCUCCCAGCAGUUUGGAAACUCCCUGCAGGCGGUAGUCACUGAUCGCCUUAAAUACAGUGAACGGAGCAUGGAGUUCCUGCAGCAGAACCUACAAAACUGGCACAAGAAAGGAAUAAAGUUGGAAGUCUCGGGUCGACCCUAUAAUCCGAAUGUCAGCUUCUCCUCGAUUGUACUCAUCCUUUUCUGCAUGGCACUGGUGGGUCUGGUGUCCGUGGUCAUUUUGGCGCACUUUAUGCCGGAAAACCCCUACCUCAACCGCAUCCCACAGUGGAUCCACGACCCCCGUCGCUGGAGGUGGCAUCACCUGGGCUUGAGACUGCGCCGGAAUCUGCUGUUCGACCGUUUUGACAACGGCGGCGCAGGAGGUGGCUCCAGUGAUGGAGGUGCUUCUGGUGUGGAUCGUCUGGGCAUUAUGGCUUACGACCCGGAAAGCGGCGAGGUGAGGGAACGAGCCUUUGACAAUCCCAUGUUCGAACAGGCAGGAGCUUUGGAGGUGGCUGCCAAGGAGUCGCAGGAGCAGGAGGAAAUACUGGGUGUCCCCAAAAUGGAGACUGGAGAUCUGGACGCCGGCAGUGUGGUGGAUGAGCAGGAGCUCACGGAAAUCAACUUGGAAACCUGCGGGGCGGACACCGAUGAGGAGACCAUCUAAUUAAACUCAAACUUUUCCGAAAGCUCCAAUAGACCAUCUUAUAUAAUCUGACGUAAAGUUUUGAGAAUAGGUGUUCAAUAUUACUGUCCCGCUUAUUGAAGUAUUUGUUAUAAUUACAUUUACUCGGCCUACGAGUUGGAGGGGGAUAUUAGCUGAUUAUUUUUGGAUAUCCAUUACGAACGCACAAUCGAUGAGUUGCGUGUAUUAAAGACACAAAAAACCGAAAA